AAUAUAAUAUCUUAGUUUAUGGUAACUGGUAAGCACUAAGCACAGAAUAGAUUAAAUUUUAGGUAUAAGGUCUAUGGUAUAAUAUCAAUUUGUUGUUUUGUUAACUCUUAUCAUUUGAUAGUGCAUUUUAUACUUGAUAUAAUUCUAUGAAUACAUUAUUUGUAAUUUCGUCACUUCUCACUUCUGUACUGUCUAGUGUCUACUCUUUUGUCUAGAUAGUAGAUUUGUAGAUACUGAUCACACUAUUCACUUCACUAUAUAGAACUUCAUGCUUAGUUACUCAUUAGUCGUCACUGGUGACACGACUGUCACGGAUGAACGACCCUAAAAGUACGGUUUUAAGUUCUUAAUAAUUAAGUUGUGGACCUGAUUGAUGACGGUAUAUCAUUGAGAAGAAUUAUAAAAUAUUUAUAGAAUAGCACUAUGAUUUAUAACUUAAAAGAGUUAAAAUAUUAUUAAACAUUAUGGUAUUGUCUCAAUAAUUAUGCGUAGUUGUUUUCAAUCAGAAUACAAAUAGUUUUAUAUUUUGUACAAAUAUCUUCACAUUAAUUUUUAAAUAAUUAUUUAAUAACAUGGAUUCGUUAAUUAAAAGUGUUGGCGAGAGUGAUUAUCAACCCGAAAAAUAUGUCAAAGAGUUAUCUCAGAGAUGUAUGGGUCCUGAAGAAUUGUUGCAACAGAAGACAAAUGUACAAUCAUUGGGUGAACAAAUAAACACAAUGCUCAAGAAAAAUGUGUUUUACAAUUAUAUUCAAUUUAUUGACACCGCAAAAGAAAUAGCUAACUUAGAGGGCGAAAUGUAUCAACUGUCACAUUUACUAACUGAACAAGGAUCUUUACUUAAUUCAUUGGCUAGUUCUUCAAUUGUCAGCGAAAAAAUGUCUAACUCCGGCAAAGAAGUGAAUGGUGUUCAGAACGCUGAAGUAGAUAAUGUAGUUGAAGAAAAGAGAGUUCAUAAAUUGCUGAAUAUUAUGGAAAGAGUAGAAAACUGCAAUAAUGAUUGGUUAUCAAAAUUUGAAGUCGCUAAAAAGUCACAAAUCUUGGUUGAAAACAAAAUGAAAAGUGCUGUUGACCAUAAAAUGAUCCAAAGAACAGAUUCCAUUCAAUUAGUUCAUAAUUCAUUUGAACCUGAAACACCAGAACCUGAAUUACCUGAAUGGAUUAUUGAUUUAGCAGAUGAUUUAGAUGUAUUGAUUGCUCAAAGACAUUUUGAAGAUGCAAAUUCUUUGAUUAGUAAAGCCAGACAAUAUUUAGAGGAACAAACUGAUCAAAUUUCAACAUCAAUUGAACAAGAAAUAAAAACUAAAUUAGAAAAUCGUAUUCAAGCAUUAACAUUAGUUUUAACUAAAGAACUUCAAGUUUCUCCAGAUAAGUCACAUAAAGGUGGACUACGAGCAGCUCGAAGAGCAGUUAGAAUAUUAAAUCAAUUGGAUAAAUCUUCACAAGCAUGUGAUUUGUUUUUGAAAGUUUGUUCAAAUUUAUUGAAAUCUCAAUUACAGUAUGUAAAACGUGAUGGUGCAAUGUCAACAUUUGUUAAAAAAUAUUCAAUGGUGUUUUUUGGAACUACGAUAGAAAUUACACAUGAAUUUUUAUACAAAGCUUUUCCAAAUAGCUCAGCAUGUUCUUCAGCUUUUAUUUUAUGGAUAAUUCAAGAAGUCAAUGAUUUUAUGGUAGUUUUAAUCAAACAUAUGUUUGUUCCUCAAACAUCACUGUCCAAUUUAUCUGAGUGUAUAAAAGUGAUACACAAAAAUUGUCAAGAGUUAUGUGAUUAUGGAAUAGAUCUUCAAUUUCAAAUUGAUGGGCAACUUAGAAUUCCACUUACAAAAUCAAUAAAUGAUAUUAAGGACAAGACUAUUGAAGUAAUUAAAAUAAGAUUUUCUGAGGAUAAAUGGAAACCUUUCAAUCUAAAAACUAAACAACAGAGAGAUAAAAUUGUUGAAGAGUAUACAAAUUAUGGGUUUUCAAACAUUGAAUCUUACAAUAAAGGUGAUUCGUGGAUAAUGCUAACUCAAAACACAAUAACCUUCACACGCACUUACCUAUUACUUCUAAAUGAUUGCUUAGUGCUGUAUUCAACUGAUUUGGCCAAUGUUAUUGAUCAACUACUUUAUGAAGUUUUUGCUGCUCAUUGUAAUUACAUAAAGAGCUCUUUAAAAAAUAAAAACUUUGUAAAUGAUAUAAAUAUUAUUACAACAAAUGCCAGAUUUAUCCUAGACAUAUUUUUAACCCAUUGUUUUAAAGUGUAUUCGGCAUCUACGGGAAAUGUAAAUCCACAAAUUCACACCCGUUUAAAAUCAGAAUUUGGUGUAAUUCCUACCCAAAAUAUAACUGGUUAUAUUUAAAAUUGUACAUUUAUUUUAAUAAAAUAGUAAUAUUAUUUUAAAUGUUUUAAUACUUUAUAUGAAUAAGCCAUCA